GUUUAUGUCCGUUGAGGCAGUGCGCUCCACCGACCGCUCCUGCCGACGAGCAGUCUGUGUUUUCCACGGGACACAGUUUACGAUUUUAUUUGGCUGUCCUUUGUUGCUGUACUAUCUGGAGACUUUGGAUUGCAAUUUGGAUUGCGUUUUUUCAACAUAAGACUUCAGAACGUCCUGCCGUCGAGUUCUAAACGGACAUUCGCAUGCGUAAAAGGAAAGUGCUGGCUACGGGCUUUUGACCAGCUUUCCUGGUAUUGAUUUUUUUUUUAAAGCAUGGCAGCUGAACUACACCAUUUGACCGUUGCAAAGAAUCAAGGGGGACUGGACUUCGCCAACGACUUUGACUUCAUGAAAUUUGACGUAAAAAAAGAACAAUUACUGGGACUCGACCGCACCUUCAUUCAGCAGUGCCAGGUCCAAACUCCAGGCUCGUUGUCCACAACACCGAUGAGCACCCCUUGCAACUCCGAGCCCUCGUCGCCUGGCUUCAGUCCAACUGGGCAAAGGAACAACCAAGACGAGUUCUACUGGGCCAUGGCCAGUGGCGCCUACCCGUCUCAUCUGGACCAGCAUGCCCUGGGGCUACCAGAAGAUGCUGUGGAGGCCCUUGUUGCAAACUCAGUUCAUGGUCAUCCAUCGUCACCUCAGAUGCACUCGUCUUAUCCGCAGGCAGAGUUUGAUGCGUACCGAGCAGCACAACAAUAUCCGGCACAGCAUCAUCUCCAGCAGCAGUAUGGGCUCCCGCAUCACCCAGGCUCACUCCAGGGUCACCCCGGGGUGCCAAAUGCAGGGAAGAGCGAAUACCCGAGCAGGCAAGACCUCGAUGAAAUGUCGCCAUCGCUGACACAACAGCAGCUAAGUUUGCAGCAUCAGCAAUAUCACCAGACUCGACACGAGAGGAACGGGGGGGUUGAGAGCCGCUUUUCAGACGACCAGCUUGUGUCCAUGUCAGUGAGGGAGCUGAACCGUCAUCUUCGGGGCCUGACCAAAGAGGACGUGAUCCGCUUGAAGCAGAAACGCAGGACCCUCAAGAACCGGGGUUACGCACAGUCCUGCCGCCACAAACGUGUGCAGCAGAAGCACGUCUUGGAGCACGAGAAAACCAGCCUCGUGUCUCAGGUGGAGCAUCUGAAGCUGGAGCUCAACCGCCUGGUUCGAGAAAGAGACGCAUAUAAACUCAAGUGUGAGAGACUGGCUGGAGGCAACGGUUUUCGCGAAACUGGGUCCACUAGUGACAGUCCGUCCUCGCCCGAAUUUUUAAUGUGAGUUUGUUAUGGGACUUUGCUGCGCGAGCUAAGGUAGUCGCUUUUAGGGACUGCAAUAAAAUAGGCUACUCUUUUACCAGAUUUUUGUUGGAAAGGGAGUCUCUUUCUUUAUGAAGCCAGGUGGACACUCUGAAGUGAACUGUUCCAAUGAACACCGGCCUCUUAUCCUUUCUUCUCUUCAUAAACAUAUUUAUUCAUCGCUUGUUGUUUUAUGAUCCUGUGAUUAUGAUCAUGCAAAUGACUAAAGUGGUGAGAGAAACCAGUUGUGCUGGUCACUGAUAGGAUUUCUCGUUUCUAGUUCUUUUGUCUAAUGUGCUAUUAUGCAACGAGGUUAUUCUAUUCUCUAUCAAUUCUAGUCAAAGUUUUUGUUUUCCUAAUGUAAAAAAUAGUCAGGGAUUUUAGUCUUGUUCUGCUUGACUUUGGUACAGUUAUUGAGCAGUACUUCAUGAACUUGCUGUUGAUAUGAUUUUUUUCACAGGUUAUUCUUUUGGCCUGGACAACAAAAAUACCAAAUGUAAUCUAUCCUCCAUCACAGUUUCUAUUCAGCUGAACGUUUGUGUCAUGGCUUAAGCAAAAAAAAAAAAAAAGCAAACUAUGUUUAUGUUGAUGAAAUAGGCCAGCAAGACAUUACGUCAUAUAACCAUAUUGUCACCCCAAACUCUGAAUUUCAUAGAAGCCCAUUUGUUUUGUUUAAAGUGGAUGAACAGCAAUGUGAUCACAUCACCCGAUGCCCAUUUCACUGUUAAAGAUGUUAUGUUAAAGAGUGUUUUGUUGGCUAUUGACAAACUGGUGGAAGUGAGUGUGUCUCCACCUCUGAAUGUGAUUGUACACCCCAUAAGACAAUGUGCCUGCUGUGUGCAGUCAAUGCAGUGUGUUUCAUUUUUUGCCUUGGUUGAAUAUACUAUGUUUGUUGAAUUUUCAUGCAAAGCAGAAUUUUAUAUGUUCAUUUAUAUGUUUUUGUUUAAAUUAAACUCUUGAUGUGUUAUUUUUGUUUUCCUUUGCUAUUCAUCUUACGGGGUAUGGGGAUGUUUUGCAAGUUGUUCAUUAAAAUCAUUACAUCAUAACACA